CAGCGGCCGCGCGGCCGCCCGCCGCCCCUCUGAGCCGGGCUCGGGGGCAGCCGGGCACCUCAGAGCCGACCCCCGCCCCGCCGCGCCCUCCGCCGCACUUGUCCCACUGCGCGCCCCCUAGAGCGCCGCGCACCCCUGGGACCCUUGCGCGCCCCGGGUGCCCAGCAUAUUCCGAGAUUCCCCGCUCACCCCGGGAUUUGGGGAUUGCCCCAGGAGCCCCGCGUACCCCUGGACCCUGACGCGGCUCCCCGACCGCCACGCGCUCCGGGACCCCUGCGCUCUCGCAGAAUUCCGGGGCUUGGCCAACCCGGCUGCGCGCCCUGGUGAGGGGCCCCGCCCCACCUCAGAGGAUCCCCCUCUUCCAACAGACGGAGCCCCGCCCCAGAGGGACCCCCAGGUCCGACAGGGACAUCCAGCCACGCCCCAGCGGGCUCCCAGCAUCUCGCGCCUGGAGCCCUGUGCUCCAGAAGAUCCUCGGUGCCCAGCUGGGGGCUCCCCGCCCUGCUGAGGGGGCGCUGCCCAAGAGGGUCCCCCGCAUCCCGCGGGCCCGGGCAGGAUGCACGCCGCCCUGGCGGGGCCGCUGCUUGCCGCCCUCCUCGCCACCGCCCGCGCCCGCCCGCAACCCCCGGACGGAGGACAGUGCCGGCCGCCCGGAUCGCAGAGGGACAUGAACUCCUUCCUAUGGACUAUUCGGCGCCAUCCCCCAGCCUAUUUGUUUGGCACCAUUCACGUUCCAUAUACCCGAGUCUGGGACUUCAUCCCUGAUAAUUCCAAAGCAGCCUUCCAGGCCAGCACCCGCGUCUACUUUGAGCUGGAUCUGACGGAUCCCUACACCAUCUCGGCCCUGGCCAGCUGCCAGCUGCUGCCCCAUGGGGAGAACCUGCAGGACGUGCUGCCAAGAGAGCUCUACUGGCGCCUGAAGCGCCACCUGGACUACGUGAAGCUGAUGAUGCCCUCGUGGAUGACACCAGCACAGCGCGGCAAAGGGCUGUAUGCCGACUACCUGUUCAAUGCCAUUGCUGGCAACUGGGAGCGCAAGAGGCCAGUAUGGGUGAUGCUCAUGGUGAACUCGCUCACAGAGACGGACGUGCGCUCCCGAGGCGUGCCUGUGCUGGACCUCUACCUGGCCCAGCAGGCUGAGAAGAUGAAGAAGAGCACUGGGGCUGUGGAGCGGGUUGAGGAGCAGUGUCAUCCUCUCAAUGGGCUCAACUUCUCCCAGGUGCUGUUCGCCCUGAAUCAAACUCUGCUGCAGCAUGAGAGUGUGCGGGCUGGGAGCCUGCAGGCGCCAUACACCACGGAGGACCUCAUCAAACACUACAACUGUGGGGACCUCAAUGCAGUCAUUUUCAACCAUGACACAUCCCAGCUCCCCAAUUUCAUCAACACCACCCUCCCACCUCAUGAGCAGGUGACAGCCCAGGAGAUUGACAGCUACUUCCGCCAGGAGCUCAUCUACAAGAGGAAUGAGCGCAUGGGGAGGAGAGUCAUGGCGCUGCUGCAGGAGAACCAGGACAAGAUCUGCUUCUUUGCCUUCGGAGCAGGUCACUUUCUGGGGAACAACACUGUCAUCGACGUCCUAAGACAGGCAGGGCUGGAGGUGGACCACACACCUGCUGGGCAAGCCAUCCACAGCCCUGCCACCGGGAGCCCGGCUCCCUCUCCCGAGGGCACCUCUUCUGCCAGUCCAGCCCCAGCAACCCCAGCUGCUGCAGUCCUGGAAGCAACCUCAGCAACCCCCACCACCCCUCCAGAGGAGGAGGAUCCAGUCCUGUCCCCGCACCUCCUGCUCCCCGACAGCCUUAGCCAGCUGGAGGAGUUUGGACGGCAAAAGUGGCGCAAGAGACUAAACAAACAGCAGAGGCCGAGGCAGUUCAACGACCUCUGGGUCCGCAUCGAGGACAGCACCACUGUCUCACCACCCCCGCUGCCUCUCCAGCCUACCCCCAGCUCCGGGACCACCAAACCUUUUGUCAAGUUCUCACACCAACUCCAACAGCAGGACGCUGCUGGGCCUACCAGCAACUCAGCACCCACACUGGGCCUCCCCGCUGCUGUUGCUGCCACCAUCGUCGCCCCCUUCCUACUACACACCCUUGGGCCUUCCUGACCUUGACCACCCUGCAGAGAAGGCACAGAAAUCUGUGACCCCGCCCACCGUCUGACGUCACCUCAGAGGGUACUGACACCUCAAGGCAGUUCACACAGGACAGGGACCUUAAAACACCAGAGCUUUAUUGUACCUAAAUUACAUCUUCUUUUUUGUAGAAGGUCUUAAUUUCCCAUAGUGCUAUGGGGCUCUUUUGUAAAAUAUGUGUCCAUAUUAAAAGAGAAAAUGUAUUUAUUCUAUCGAUAAAACUAUUUUUAUGUAGCCUAUGUUAUAGUCCCUGAAUUAGCCCCAUCACCAACCCAGGGAAGGAGCCCAGGUUCCCAUGACCUCUGUGACCUGUGUGGACUGUGGCUUUGAGUUGGCCCCAAGCCUCCUAGUCAGGCUUGGCUUCUCCCACUGUAGGUACCUCUGAGGGCAAGCAGAAAGGCAGCCCCAGCUUUUGUGAAGCUGAAUUUCAUAGCCAGAGGCAUGGUGGCCAACCCAUCCUCCUCUUCCCUGGAUGUACCCAGGCCCCGGAGGGACAAUUUAAGGGGAAAAAAUGCUGCUAUUUUGAGGUCCUGAGUGUCUGUGGACUGGCCUUCCAGAGCUCCUGGAGAGGGUUUUUCCAUCAAAGUGGAAGACUGGUGCUGAGGCAGGUGAACUCAGUUCCAUGGUCAGAUUGCUACACUGAGACCCAAAAAAGUGAAUGGGAUUUAUUCAAAGUCACAAAGCAAGUGGACGAUCUGUGUUCCAGUGGCACUGGCCUAGCUUUCAUUUAAUAGAAGCUGGUAAAACCACAGCUGCGUGAAGUAAGCAGAAGGACAGGAGUGGGCACAGGAUGGUUUCAGGAGCCAUCAGUUGUGGUACUGAUGAUGGUAACAGAGGACCAUGGACCAGAAGCCUGCAGCAGGGUGGGCUCUCUGCAGUCUCCCUUCUUCAUAGAUCCUCACAGUAAUGCUGUGGAGAUGUGAUGACCCUCAUUUCAAUGAUGACACUGAACCCCCAAAAGAGUGAGAAAGAUCCACCCAAGUUUUCACACAAACACACACACACACACAUCAGUGUGAUACAGAAACUACCCUUGUCUCAUGGACCGUGUUCUGCCCCUGUUUCUGUCUGGAGAAGCACCAAGGGAGGCAGAUCUCCCUAACUGGAACCCUCCCAGGCAUCCUAUAACAGGGGAGGAGGCUGUUUCACCAGCUCCCCCUGCUGGUUCCUGUAGCCAGGGGGCUCUAGCAGGAUGAUCAGCCAAUAUGGGCAGGCAGGGAGUUGAGACACAGGCUUACCUGUCUGUCCCCAGGGGCUGACCAGGGACACGGUGAAUUUCAGCCCGCAGCUCAAAGCUGGGCUUGUGGCUCAUUAAUUAUUUAUGAGUCCUAGAUUCUGAGAGCAGGAAAGACCCCUCACCUGUCAAUAAAGUAAGGGUAAUACUAAGGUCCAGAAAGAGGAGAGACUUCUCCAAGAUGCCAUAGCUGGCGCAGGCAUGUUGACUCCAGUCCUGUUCUCUCACCCCGUUGCACAUGGGUUUCCCUGGCAGCCUUAAUGGCGCCUGGUUGGCUGCAACACUGCCAUGCUAAGGUUGGCAGACGUCUCCCUUUUGAGAUGGCAGGAUUCUGGGCAACUCAUUGGAUAGUCAGGGGUCCCACAGGCAUGCUGGCAGGCGGCAGAAUUCUUUCCAGCUCUGCCCCAGUGGACAGGUUUAAGCCUGAGACCUGGCAGGAUUCUGGAACUCUGCUUCACAGGGUCCCGCCAGCCCCAUGGGCACCACACUGUAAACUGAACUUGACCUCCACCAGGACUGGAGUCAGUUUAUCCUUGGCAAAAAAAAAAAAAAAAAAAAAAAAAAAAGUGACUUCCUAUUGCUGAGCGGGAAGGGGCUUAGCUGACUUUUAAAGCGGGCUCAGAAGUUAGACAUCAAACGGAUCGUGCAGAGCGCUAUUGGGAUGAGAUAAGUGUAAAGGAAUUGGAAACACACAGGCCAGAUUCCCCUGUUUGGGGCAGAGUAUGGCAUGAGAUGUAUGGAGAUCAAGCUUGAGGUUAAUUAAAGAUGAAGCAUUUGGGGAAACAGUCCAGGCACCUGACUGUGUGCCCAGACCUGUGCCAGGCGUGGGGCCAAAAUGGUGAAUUAAUGCAGCAUAUAAUCACUGCGAAAGCACAGUGCCAGGUUACACAUACAGCCUGAAUUGUACCCACCCUCCUGGGCCCAGAAGAGUUCAUCAUUAGGAUGGGAUAGAGGGGGCAUCCUGGGCUACUGCUGCCCCAGCCCCAGUGUCAGGCCACUGCCUUUCCAGAUCCCUUCUUAAGGAAGAUGAGGAGUGAAGGAAGUGUUCCAAACUCUCUUCCUCGACCUGACUUUAAAGGUUUUUAAAGAAAGGCAAUGUGCCAUGCUUAGGGGCACAUGUCUGUAAUUACUGUUCUUGGGAGGCUGAGGCAGGAGCAUCAUAAGUUUGAGGACCAGCCUGGGAGGAAGGAAGGAAGGAAGGAAGGAAGGAAGGAAGGAAGGAAGGAAGGAAGGAAGGAAGGAAGGAAGGAAGGAAGGAAGGAAGGAAGGUGGGCACAGGCUGGCUAGACCAACAGAUCAACAAAUUUCCAGAUUGGCAUUAACCUAGAAGAGAACAAUUAUUGGUCAGACAUCUGAGACCAACGGUGCUUGUUCCCUGGAGAUCUGUAAUAAGCCAGGGUUUGAGUAAGUAGCAAACUCAACUUGUUGGCCUACAUCCCAGGAGGCCUCAGGCACAAAAACAAAAUGUAUGGCUAGGCCACUUCAACUUCAUGUCCUGCUCUGAAAACGCCAGUAAUCCAUCAGCCGUUUCUCAGACUUCAUGUUCUGUCUAGCUGGACUCAUAAACACAAAGCUCCAUUCCGUUGAGCGUUCCUUGAGUAUUUUUAGAACUUUCGUUUUGACUUUGAGGCAGACAGAAAGAUGGAAGGUCAGAGGCCCAGCAGAUUAAGUGACCGGGACAUGGUGAGGGGAAAAGAAUCAGGGAGGUGCAAGGGCCAGUCCUCAGGGUCAGAGAUCCAGAGUCUGCCAUGUGUGGACAGCAACGGCUCGGAAUAUUCAUCUCACACGGGAAGACCCACGUACAUUCUCUCUACAUGCAGUGUGGUCACUUGCUACUUCCUGGCCUCGUCUAGACUUGGGCAAGCCGGGGAGCUCAGGUGCUUUGCCCCACCACUCAGCCCAGUACUCUUAUCACAAGAGAUCCCAAAGAAGAGAACUGCUACCAAAAGAGAAUUUCUUUGAAAAGGUGAUACUCUGUGCAGGAUUUGUAGUGUAAAUGACAUCCUGGGUGUUAAAAAACAGAAUUGGGGUAAUGAUAACCAUGAGAUAAACACCAGGUCCUUCACUUGGCAUUUCAAAUCCUCCAUGACCCGGCUCAGCUGACCUUGCUGGCCAUUUUCAUCCUUCCCACCCCAAAUCUGACAGAUGGAAUCAUAUUUGUUAUUUCUAGAAUAUACACAGUGUUUUAUACAUGUUACUACCCAGGGGAAGCUCUCUUCCCUUCUCCCAAUCAUGUAUCCUGUGAGGAUAAUUGGGAGGGAGCAUUAGCUCCAGGAUGUCCCCCUAGAGCCCUUUGUGUGCCCCAGGACCCGUUACUAUGCCCACAUUCCAGAGCUGGGGCUGUCUAGAUAGGAAUGGCUCCCUGUUGGGAAAGCAAGCAAUUCAAUGGGGUAGGUCAUGUGUCAUUUUUCUAUAUGUCCUUCAACACGAAAGUGUACUCCUUAGAUGCACUGAAAGGGACAAAGGAGGAAAAGAAGCAGACAAAGGAGGAAGAAAGUCUGGAGCUAGGAAAGGGGAAAGACAGCCUUGACUUUCUUUUUUGGGACAACUUUCACCUCCCCAGCUGGUAAAGGACAGCAGCCGAGGGCAGAGGUCUCUGGGUGGAUGGAGAGGCAGAGUAUGCAAGGCCCCAAGGCCCACUGGCUAAAGAUGUGGUAGCCAGCUGGAUGUCUUGGCACAGGACUGGUGUCAAUGACAUGGAGGUGCCCCCUGGCUCUGUAAGGCUCAGGUUCUUUAAACAUUGCUAUUUUUCCAAAAAUUCAUCUAAGCAGCCAAAAAUAUCACCCUGGCUGGCUGUCUAAGCCGGUAGAUUCAGGACUCAGACAAGCCUCCCUAGCCACCCUCCCCCCAUUCUUCCACAGCCCUGCCAGACUUGCCAUGAGAUGGCAGAAAUGCCUGCAGCCCUUGGGCAGGGGAUGUCAUGGGGAGGAGAAGCUAGAUUGAAACCCUGCCCAUGGCUCCAGCCCAGAGCCCUUCUGUCUGUGCCCAACCCUGGGGAAGGAAAGACGGGGCUUAUAAGGACCCUUGGGAAUGUCAACUCCUCACAGCCUGUCUCCAAAGGCAGAUUGGGAUCUCCCCCCACCCCUGAACCAUCCCUUUGCUUGAUGACCUUGCUUAAGCCCCUGUCCCUCUUUAAGCUCCAUUUCCUCUUGGACCAUAGGGAGAGUUUCCUGAAGCCAGGAGGGGAAUUCUGUGUAUAAUGUUGGGUCUCCUUGAAGGUGGGGUUCCACCCUUCUUUAGCCCAGCCUCCCAUGUUGGCCCCGCAGGCAGCCAUGAUGAGAGCAUGUGACAGACAAGAAAACUUUACUUAAAGGGCUCCUUCGGUCCUAAGACCUGUCCUGGGGAAUGUGGUUUUGAACAGGAUCCAAGUCUAUGCUGCCUGGUGUGAGAGACCAGGGACUUUUAGGCAGGAGUCUCCCCGGUUGCCAGGCUGGGUGGGCGGAGCACUUGGCUCCAGGUGGGGAAGCUGGCCUUAGGCUUUGCCCAGCUCUAAGUCUCAAAGUCUCAGAUUUGUUGGCUCUCCCAGUGUGCCUCACUGUACCAAGCUGGCUUCAGCUCUCCCAGUGUUUGUGCUUUUCGUCAUCACCUCUUCCCUCACCCCUGUGAAUUGUCAUGAAGAGUUCUUUAAGAGUAUAAUAGAAGACAAAGAA